CAGUUCCUUCCACACUCUCUAGACUUCCCCUGCUAGCAAACAAACAAAAAAACCAACACAACAAUGUUGUCUUCAAAUAAAAAACCACCGAGAUUACCCAGGUUUCUCAGCCUAAAUAUAUGCUCCUUAACAUUAGCACUCUUCCUUUUCGUUACAUCCAGCCAAGCUGCCGUCCAUUCAGUACUCACAUAUAAAAAUGCCUCCACUCUGUUGGGCCAGUUGGUCACCUCCAGUACUCUAGUGUGGGAAACAUAUGAUGUCAAAGAUCCCAAACAAUUGCAAUAUGCCGUAGAGGGUGGUAAAUACAUUACCGAAGAAGAACACUAUCCCAUUUAUGUGUGUCGGGUGAAUAUUGAUGGUGUGGGCACUAUUGGUCAUACCGAGAAAAUACAACAGUCUCAUGUUUGCAAGGCAGCCCAUUAUAAAAAUAUGAAAUACAAUACAUUUGAUGUCUUGAUCAAUAAGGGUCAUUUGGGUAAAGUGUCCUGGAAACAUUGGCGUAAAUUUAAUGUGGGUGUGCCUGUGGGAGCUAUACGCAUAGGAGAAGAUGCUUACAUAGGCAGACAUAAGGCACCUCAAACUGAGAGUAAUGCUGCUGAGGGUGGUCAACAACAGGGCGCAGAUUUCAAUUUAGGACGCUUGGAUCCCGUGGGUUUGGGUAAAAUAAAGGUAAUGGAAUCGAAUGUUGAAAAGGAUUACGAUGAGGGAGAAGUGUUAGUAGAAACCGAACCUUUCCGUUAUGAAUUAAAAGAUAUCAGAUUAGAUCAAAUACGUUUGGAUAUGAGAGAAAAUAUUACCGAGUUGGCUUUUGGAGUCUUGGCUAAUACGGGUGACAAAUAUAGUGUUGUGGAAACUGCCUUGACUUAUGGUUUUGAUCAUGUCCAGUACUGGGGUUCUCAUGAAGGUGUAGCCCGUGGCUUGCCUACUAAGGUUUUCGAAAAUGAUGCUUCUAAACCGGCGGAAAUCAAUUGGGCCUUGAAACAUAGUGAAAAACGUUUUGAAACCAAAUCGGUGAAUACUAAACUUUGGCCUGGUACUGCCAUUAAUGUUACUCUUAAGGGCAAUUAUGUGACUUUGGAUGCUCCCUAUAGUGCGAAACUGUACGCUUUCUAUGCUGGCAGUGAGGACAGUGUAUCGAGAAAAAUUAAGGCGGAGGUAAGUUUAUAGUUAAAGAACUAGAACA